AUGGAUUUUGGAUCUUCCAUACAAAUAUUUCCGAAAUGGUGCGAACCUUUGCUGCAGAAAUUAUCUGAUGUAAUUUUCAAAUAUCCUGGUGCAGUUGUUACGGUUGCGUUGAUUUGCUCUAUUAGUCAUAUUAUUUUCAAAAAAAUUAUCGAUCCUCAACUCUACGAAUAUUACAGUAAAUUUUUCAUUUUGUCCCAAAGCACGUUGCAGUUGUUGAAGGAUGAACUAGAAAAGAAUUAUGAAGAAUAUCAUUGGAACAAUCCUCAAUUCUGCAAAGCUUAUCUUGCGUUGUAUACAGCAUAUCGUGAGCUACGAAUGAUGGCAAAACGCGAUUCGCAUGGGGAGAUUGAUCCGAACGAUAGACGAUGGAUUCAAUUUGAUUACAUCAAAACCUUGAACAGAUAA